AUGGUUUUCUAUUUUGUCUCAUCAUCUCCAGUUGAGUACAUAGUAAAUUACUGGUCAGUUUCAUUAUUAAAUCUAUCUAUCUAUCUAUCUAUCUAUCUAUCUAUCUAUCUUUAUCUAUCUAUCUAUCUAUCUAUCUAUCUAUCUAUCUAUCUAUCUAUCUAUCUAUCUCGGUUUGUUCAUAUCUAUCUAUCUAUCUAUCUAUCUAUCUAUCUAUCUAUCUAUCUAUCUCAGCCUGUUCAUAUCUAUCUAUCUAUCUAUCUAUCUGUCUGUCUGUCUAUCUAUCUAUCUAUCUAUCUCGGUUUGUUCAUAUCUAUCUAUCUAUCUAUCUAUCUCGGUUUGUUCAUAUCUAUCUAUCUAUCUAUCUAUCUAUCUAUCUAUCUAUCUAUCUAUCUCAGCCUGUUCAUAUCUAUCUAUCUAUCUAUCUAUCUAUUUAUCUCGGUUUGUUCAUAUCUAUCUAUCUAUCUAUCUAUCUAUCUAUCUAUCUAUCUAUCUAUCUAUCUAUCUAUCUCUUCUGUCUGUCUGUCUGUCUGUCUGUCUAUCUAUCUAUCUAUCUAUCUAUCUAUCUAUCUAUCUAUCUAUCUAUCUAUCUAUCAACGAUACAACGAUAGUUCAUUAUCUAUCUAUCUAUCUAUCUAUCUAUCUAUCUAUCUAUCUAUCUAUCUAUCUCGCAACGAUAGUCAAUUAUCUAUCUAUCUAUCUAUCUAUCUAUCUAUCUAUCUAUCUAUCUAUCUAUCUAGCAACGAUAGUUCAUUAUCUAUCUAUCUCGCAACGAUAGUCAAUUAUCUAUCUAUCUAUCUAUCUAUCUAUCUAUCUAUCUAUCUUAGUCUGUUCUUAUCUAUCUAUCUAUCUGUAGAAAAUCUGUACAAUCAGCUUUUCUUCUCUUUCAAUUCUGCAUCAGAAUUUUCAGAAUUCUUUGUCGUUCAUUCUUCAGACAUGGCACAACCAAUAUUAGACGACACUGCUUCACUGCUUCACGCUGGAAUGCUAAAUUUUACAUAUCACUUUAAUUAUUUGUAUAACAAUUUUCAUUUUUGUACUUCUGUCCUUUACUUCCUGCCACCCUUCCUUCCAUCCUUCCCUCCUUUUUUCCUUUCUUCCUUCCUUCCUCCCUCUCCUUCCACCCUCUCCUUCCUUCCUUCCUUCCUUCUUUUUUCCUUCCUUCCUUCCUUCCUUCCUUCCUUCCUUCCUUCCUUCCUUCCUUCCUUCCUUCCUUCCUUCUCUCCUUCCUUCCUUUCCUUCCUUCCUUGCAUUUCUUCCUUCCUGCCAUACUUCCUUACUUCAUUUAUUACUGCCUUCCUGUCAUCCUUCUUUCAUUCUUUCUUUCCUUCAUUCCUUCCACCGACCCUUCCUUCCUUCCUUCCUUCCUUCCUUCCUUUUCUCCUUCCUUCCUUCCUUCCUUCCUUCCUUCCUUCCUUCCUUCCUUCCUUCCUUUUCUCCUUCCUUCCUGCCUUCCUAUCAUCCUUUUUUUCAUUCCUGCCUUCCUUCAUUCUUUCCUUCCUUCUUUCUUUCCUGUCAUACUUCCUGCCAAUUUUCCUUCUUUCAGUUAUUCCUUACUUCGUUCCUGCCAUUCUUCCCUCCUUCCUGCAAUCCGUCCUUCUUUCCUGCUUUCAUUCCUUCAUUCAUUUAUUCAUUCAUUCCUUCCAUCCUUCCUUCCUGCCAUUCUUUCUUCAUCCGUUCGUUCAUUCGUUCGUCCGUUCUUUCCUUCCAGCCAUCCUUCCUUCCUUUAUUCCUUCCUUGCUUCCUGACAUUCUUUCUUUCUUAUUCAUUCCAUCCUUCCUUCCUGCAUAUCUUUCCUUCCUUCCUUCCUUCCUUCCUUCAUGCCUUCCUUCUUUCUUUCCUUCCUGCUUGACACCUUUCCUUCCUUCCUUCAUUUAUUCAUUCAUUCAUUCAUUCAUUCAUUCAUGCCUUCCUUCUUUUCUUCCUGUCAUCCUUCCUUCCUUCCAUUCAUUCCUUCUUACCAUCCUUCCUUCCGACCUUCCUUCCAUUCUUUUUCUCGUUCUGUUUCCUUCCUUUUUUCUUUUCUUUCUUUUUCACGUGAUCAUCCCAUUCAUUUCUCGUUUUCUAUCUUUCCUUCAUCUUUCUAUUUUUCUUCUAAAAUCACCGUUUACUUUUGACAUUCUUUGCCGCCAUGAUUUCCUUUUCAUUAAUCAAUACUCCCUUUCAACUUAUUUUUAUUUAGAACCACUUCUUUCGAUUUUGUCUUUUUCAUUUUCAUUGCGUCAUUCUAAGCAAUCAACUUAA